GGUUUUUGCCCUUACUAUACAGCGGCUUUGUUCAAACCCAGUUGUGACCAAGAUGUUUUGCGUUCAUAGAAACAAUAUGGCGGACUAAGAUUUUUUUACGAUUAGAAGACCCCACCAAGUUUAAGCUGAAGUGUAUCAUGUUACCAUGACAACAGCUAUAUUACAACAGAGAUCUGUUGUGUGGUCAGAUAUGAGGCCUAAAUCUGCUUCUACAGACCAAAUGGAGGAUAGUAAUCAUGGUUUUAGACCUUCUAGGCCAAGACCAAAAUCCACUCCAUCAAGUUACAACAGAUCUUCCCGCAGUAGUUUAGGGACCUCAUCAAGAAUUAACAGACCAAGAACAGCAGCUGCAGUUUUAACUAAUAAUGAGUGUGACCGAGUUUCCCAGGUAGAACAUGAACCGACCAGAAGACACAACUUAGAGAACCACAUGCCUCUUAAGAGAGCAAGACCUCCACCAUGGCAGAAAAACUUAGAUCCUCCCAUGGUACCAUUUGUUUGUGGUCCAGGAUAUAUCUUGUCCAGAAGUAAAACAAAGUUUGCCAUGACAAUCAAAGAUGAGUUCUUUGAACCUCCAGAAGAAGAAAGUGCCAGUCCAGGGCCCAGAAAGAAGCUUGACAAUGAAAGAGAUUCUUUGAUAUCACAGUUACAGCAACAGAUUUCUGAUUUAACAUUGUACUUAGAGGAGGAGAGACUAAACCAUAAACAGACAAAACAAAGGGCAGAAGAAUUUUUGAGGGACCAGAUUGAUGAAUUACACAAGAGACAAAGAGAACAGACAAGAGACUCAGAGGAGGAUCAUGAAGAGGAGAUGGACAAACUAAGAAAUCAGCUGGAAGCUGACAAAACCCAAAUGCAAACUGCUAAAGAUAAAGAUAUAGAAAAAAUGAGAAAAGAAAUUGAAUUUUUGCAAGGUUCAUUUGCCUCAUAUAAAACCACCGUCCAUCUUGACCAGGAUGAAAAAUGGAAAAAACGGGAACAUGACAUGACCAUGUUGAUGGAGGAGAAUAAACAGACAGCAAUGCAUGAAAUCAGAACAAAGUUUAUUCAAGAGAAAAAUUCUGAGAGGAUAAAUGUCCAGAAAGAUCAUCAGAAAAAUAUAGACACUCUACGCAAAGAUCAUAAAAAAGAACUUGAUGCACUAGUCAGAAGAUUUUCUAAUGUUGCUGCUGAUCUAGAAAGGUUAAAAAGAACAACAGCCGAGUUAAAGGAAGUAAAAACGGAAUUGGAAGAAGUUAAGAACAGUUAUAAUGAGACCUGUAAAUUAUUAGCAACAACAACUAGAGAUUUAGCCGAUACGAAAGUUAAACUAAUGUCUUUUGAAGAACAGUUUGAAGAAAAAGUUCAACAAGUCGACGACAAAUAUAAAGAUCAAAUCAACAGUCUAAUGACUAAAAAUGUGGAAUUAAGGAGAUUAUACGUUAAGAAAUGUGGAGAAUUAUACGACGAAAAAGUAUCAGCUGAUGAGGAGAGAGUUGUCAGAGUGUCAUCUGCUAAAGAAGUCAUGCAUAGCAUGUUAAAAUCUAAGCAUAAAGCUGACGUCAGUUUCACACCAGGAGAAAUUCUGACGCCAGAAGAAAAAUCAAUCAAGACAUUAAAAUAUAGACGCUCUAGUGCACCAAUCACUCAAGAAGAGGCUGAACUGGCAUAUCAAGGGUCCGGGAAACUAGAUUAUCAUGUUGACGAUGAGGACGAUUUUAUUCUCGCUGAUCCCAUAAUUCCAGAGUCAAGACAGGAAAUAGAAGAAAUGAGGAAGGAAUUGUUAGGAGAAAUAGAACAGACAGUAUUAGAUGAGAAUGACGAAGACGAAUUGUUUUAGUAAAGUUUUUAAUGUUUGUUUAUUGAAUACAAUGCGGUUUAGCUGUCUAGUUUAUUGAAUACAAUGUGGUUUAGAUGUAAUGUUUAUAAGUGUCUCUUAAGGGGCUCUUAUAGCUGACUAUGCGGUAUGGGCUUUGCUCAUUGUUGAAGGCUGUAAGGUGACCUAUAGUUGUUAAUUUCUUUGUCAUUUGGUAACUUGUGGAGAGUUGUCAUAUUUGCAAUCAUACCACAUCUUGAACAAAGUGAUACAGAAAUUUGUCUGUUUUAUGGCAUUUGGAGGAAAUCUUUGAAGAGUAUUUAUGAAAUACUAGUCUUUCUAAAUUGGCGUAUUUUUCCUUACUCUGGAUUCAUUUAUUUUCGUUGGUAUCAAUUUUUGUGGUUUGAGGAAAACUUAGUUAUUUGUGGAUAUUUGAUUUUGUGGUUUUGGCAAAGUCUACACUCAUUCCUUUAGAAAAUAUGUAAUUCAUUGAACAUUUGAAUUCGUAGUUCUCCUGUGCCCACGAAAGCCACGCAAAAAUGGUUUCCAACGGCAACGAAUAUUAAUGAAUCCACAGUAUUUGAAAUAAUGAUAAAUGUAUUUAAUAAUAUUUUUUUUGUGCCCAAUGGUUUUCUCAUUUAGACAUUCUAAUUCACUUACUGUUCUAAUUUAUGUUGUUAUUAAGAAAAAUAUUCCAACAAGAGUGAUCUGUGUUGCCUUAGUACAUGUAACAGUUAUAUAUCAGUGUUGCCUUAGUAACAGUUAUUACAGUUGCCUUAGUAUCAGUUAUUACAGUUGCCUUAGUAACAGUUAUUACAGUUGCCUUAUAACAGUUAUUACAAUUGUGAUAGUAAUAGUAAUAUAUGUACUGGUUGCCUUAGAAACUGUCAUGGCAAUUAACUUUGAAAACCUUCCGAUUUAACAUUAACAUUCCAUUUUUUAUAGAUUUUAUUUAAGGAAUCAGUUUUACAUAGAUAUUUUUGCAUUUUAGAUUUAUUGUAAUUCAACUGUGAUAAUAAUUUUUGACAAUUUUAUUUUUAUAUGUCAUUUUAUGUCUUAAUAUAAAAGAAUAUGAAACUUA